UAAGUGGCAAUUUCAAAUUCCAAUAUCAUUUUAACUAUCACGGGUCUCACACCCGUACCCGUUUGCAAAAAUUAACGACCCAACCAACUUCUUUCUUCUUCAUCAUCAUUCUUUCUUCUUCUCUCUCCUACCAGGAACAAUUUCAAGAAUUAAUCCUGGGUUUUUGAUUAAUUUGAUUUUAUCAAAGAUGAGAUUUUCUUGGUUGAUUGUUGCCCAGAUUUUCCUUUUUUUCUUAACCCAGAAAAUUUUAGCUGAUCAAGUAAUCACAGCUCGAUUAGGUGGCACAAAUUCUGACAGGUCACGUGAACCAAAAUACAAGAUUGAAUUCCACUCCGAAGACGUGCCAUAUAUUCCUGGUGAUGACCAGGAAUCUGUCUUCAUGCCAAAUGAAGAUGGGAAGAAUUAUUUGUGCUUCCUACCCAAGAUUGAGAAACCUAAGAGUGGGAAGCCAGUCAGCCAAUAUAAUACCAGUGGCAUGAUUAUGGAAAGUGAGAAACGAAUGAAAGUCAAGACACCAGAUGAGCUACUUGAAGUACUGGAGGAGCAGUGUCUUCUCAGGCAAGAGGGUUGGUGGACGUAUGAAUUCUGCUACAAGAAGAAACUGCGGCAGGUCCAUUUGGAAGAUGAUAAGAUAGCUCAGGAGUUUGUGUUAGGAGAAUAUGAUCCUGAAGCUACAGCUGCUUUUAACCAGAAUCUCUCCGACAUAUCUAUAUUGAAAGAUCCACAUUCUAAAGAUGCUUCUCAGAGGUAUCAUGCUCAUCAAUAUACCAAUGGAACAGUAUGUGACCUUACAAAUCAGCAUCGAGAGACAGAGGUACGAUUUGUGUGUUCAGAGGGCAAAGCAAUGAUUACCUCUAUUACAGAGUUAUCCACCUGUAAAUAUGCACUUACAGUUCAAUCUCCGAUGCUUUGUUCACACCCUCUUUUCCAAGAAGAGCGGCCAGUUUGGCAUUUCAUCCAUUGCAACUUGCUUUCCAAGGAUGCCAAAGAUACGAAAGCAGAAGAAGAUACUAAGCUUGAUAAUGAAAUCAAAUUGGUUUUGGAUGUCGAAUAUCCAUUUGGCAAUGGUGCUGACGAUUCUGCUGCAUAAUUUAAUUUUAUAUACGGAGUAUUUAUUUUUGUUCAACGUGUAGGAAGGAAAAUUGAGCGAAGUAAAAGAAAUUAUUACUGAUAAUGCUAAAAUGUAGAUUAUUGUAAUUUUGUAGAUUGCUCCCUUUCUCCAAAUUCCUUAGCUUCUGCCUUCUA